CCCUCCCCUCUUCUUCUCCACACCCCUGCUCAUCUCCAUCUCUGCCCUGUUUUCUUCUUCUUCUUCUCUUAUCCAAAUCGAAGCCAUGCUUGUAAAGGCCUCUUCUUCUGCUCUCUCCCUUCUCGUGCCCUCAUCGGGGGUCCCUCAUCCUUUUCAGGCGGGGUACAGCGGAUCCUUUGCCCCUCCGAGCUCCGUUUUGAGGUUCCCUCGUAGGAUGGGGAGGGAUGGGUCCAUCGUGGCUGUUUCCGCUGCCGGGCCCGACACCCAGGUUGUCGCCGGCGUCAUCUUCGAGCCCUUUGAGGAGCUGAAGCAUGACCAUUUCCUCGUGCCUCUCCUUCCCGACCAGUCCAUCGCUCGCUACAAGUAUUCUAAUGAGUGUGAGGCUGCCAUCAACGAGCAGAUCAAUGUUGAAUACAAUGUUUCCUAUGUCUAUCAUUCCUUGUUCGCUUACUUUGACCGGGAUAAUGUCGCGCUAAGAGGCUUCGCUAAGUUUUUCAAGGAAUCAAGUGAAGAGGAACGGGAACAUGCGGAGAAACUGAUGAUAUACCAAAACAAACGUGGAGGAAGAGUGAAGCUUCAAUCCAUUGUCAUGCCCUUAACUGAGUUUGAUCACCCUGAGAAAGGGGAUGCUUUGUAUGCAAUGGAGUUGGCUUUGUCUCUUGAAAAGCUGACAAAUGAGAAGCUUCUCAAUGUCCAUGGCGUGGCGGCGAGAUGCAAUGAUCCUCAGAUGGCGGACUUCAUUGAGAGUGAUUUUCUUGGAGAACAGGUAGAAGCCAUCAAGAAGAUCUCUGAAUAUAUUGCUCAGUUGAGAAGGGUUGGCAAAGGACAUGGCGUUUGGCAUUUUGAUCAGAUGCUUCUCCAUGAAGGAGAUGCUGCUGCUUGAAGUGCAAGAAACGAAGUGUGUUUUGUUUGUUAGUUCUAGCUUGAUGUAGUGGUGGAGGGCUUCCCUGCAAUAAUAUUGAGGGUAUAGGUUCUAAGUUGUGCAUGCUACUUUUGCUCUGUGUAUGAGAACUUCAUGUAGUCUUCUCAAUCAUACUUCUUCUUUUCGGGUGCUGAAUCCAAAAGCUGUGGACUUGUAGCUAAAUGGUAUGCUGGAUUUGUGGGAAGUUCUAAAUUUAAUAAAACUAAGUUGAACAA